GGGCGACCUUGCUGAUCUCGAAGCUAUCAGCACAAUCAUGGCGCGGGACUGCAUCUGACAUGCAGGUACUGCCGUCUGACUACGGCAAUCGCCCUACGAGGCCAGAAACCACGUCGACAAUGUAGAGGCACAGCAAACGCUGGCCGGCGGCGACGUGGUCUGCGCAGCGCUGGCCGCGCCUGGUUAGGGCGACGCGAUUCAUUCCGAUCGGAACUGCGCAGCACGUCACCGCCCGACAACUGCCCCGCCAGCGCGCUCCCAGAAGCUCUUCUCCCCCACCACGAGAGUCUAUACAGCAUCAAUUGCACCAGCAGACCUGCAAAGCGCAAGAUGCACAUCCUCGUAACGAACGACGAUGGCCCACCAUCAGACCAGUCCUCACCAUACGUGCACUCGCUCGUCUCUACACUGCAGAGCUACGGCCACAGCGUCAGCGUCGUCCUCCCGCACACGCAGCGCUCCUGGAUCGGCAAAGCACACCUCGUCGGCAAGGCGAUAAAGCCCAGCUACUACCGCCCCGCGCCCCUACAAACCACCAGCGAAGGCCGCCUCACCAACCACGGCACCACGCACAACACGCCCCUUCCGCCCCACUCCACGGAAGAAGAGUGGAUUCUCGUCGACUCGACGCCCGCCUCGUGCGCACAGAUUGGGUUGUACCACUACUUUGAGUCCCGGGGCCCGAUUGACCUGGUCGUCUCGGGUCCGAACUACGGCCGCAACAGCACCGCCGUCUUCUCGCUGUCGUCGGGCACCAUUGGCGGCGCCAUGGAAGCAGCAGUGUGCGGCGUGAAGUCCAUCGCCCUGUCCUACGCCUUCUUCGACCGCAAUCACGACGCUGCCAUCAUCAGCGGCGCGUCGGAUCUCAGCGCCAAGCUCAUACAGUACCUGUACGAUAACUGGGACGCGAACACGCAUCUGUAUACGGUGAAUGUGCCGCUGGUGGAGGGCGUUGGGGGCCGCAAGAUUCUGUGGACGGAUAUGCUGCAGAACAGCUGGAAGAGUGGGAGCUGCUUCCAAGUCGUUGAGGUGCCCUCCGAAGCCGACGACUCGCCCUCGGACAUCGAAUCCCAAAUCCGCAAGCAAGAAGAAAAACUCGGCAAAGAAGAGCUACGGUCCAACAACGACUUGCUACCGGCAAGCAAAGCGGGGUCGGGCACGCAGACGCCAAGUGGGCAAAGCCAUAUGAGGUAUAAGCAUAAGCAUUUCAAGUGGGCGCCGCAGUUCAAGGACGUGUACGAGAGUGUGGAGCAGAGUGAGCCGGGGAACGAUGGGUGGGCGGUGGCACAGGGGUAUACGAGUGUGACGCCGUUGAGGGCGAAUUUUAUGCAUGUGCAGGGAGAGAAGUUCAAGGGGGAGAUUACGUUGGGGACGGGCGAGGUGGAUGAGAGGGAGGUGAAGAGUACGGUGGCGGAAGGCUGAGUGAUGAUUGUCAGAUAUUCAUUGCUGGGAGUGAUUAGAUGGACAAACAAUCAAAUGUGUUGUCAAUGAGCCCCAGACCACCAUGCCUGGACGACUGUCUGCGAUACAGCAAGCUACUCACGACGGCGGAAGCAGCGCGGAUUCUCUACGGUCUCAAGUGGAUUAUCUUCGCUGGCCAAGAAUCCCUUCGCGAGGGCGUACAACCACACAGCAAUCUCAUCAACAGCUAUUGGCAGAAUUGCGAUUGA